UUCACCAAUUUGGAAUGAAAGUAGAUAUACUUGAAGUUAAUAAAUCCAAGUCAUCUUCUGAUAAAAAAGAAAGGGAUCGAGUAAAGCUUAUAUUGUCAAUGUUAAUAUUAGGGGCUUAUAUUCAUCAUAAUUUUGAUAGUCAAUAUAUAACACAAUCAAUUCAAAUAUUACUUGAAAGAAUUAGAUAUAUUACUUUACAAGUAUAUAAUGAGAGACUAAUUGUACAUAGAUAUGAUUUCACAAAUAGUCCUAUAAAG